AUGACUUCCCGAUCCACAACCACCGUGUGUGAGCCUAGCUCCUCACGCCUCGAGUCAAGCUCCAUCAGAACCUCAACCCUGAGAGCCAAUCCAAAGGACUCUAUGAAGUCCACCUGGCGUCUUGCCGAUCGAAAAAACUGGACAACAUCGCACUGGUUCUUCGAAUACUUGGGUAUUCAUCCCGUCUCCUUGGAUAAGCAGGUGCCUGUUCAUCAGAAAGGAGACAAAGUGCCCUACACGCCAGAGUGGCAGUUGCAUCGUUGGGUUCUUGUACACUCGCUCGUUCCAAUCGCCAUACAUCACCUCAUUGUGAGAUUUACUGGUCACAAUCUUACGCCAAUGCAAGCCUUUUUCUUCUACAGCCUUGCUUUCAAGGUGGCCGCCGUUCACCAACUCCAUGCUUUGCGCCGAGUCGGACAUAUAACGGGAUUUUUGGACGGCGAUGUACAUGCUAGGGAUGGAGUACCCGAUGUCGGAGUUACAAAAGUCGUGAAGAGUCUCAUUGCCACCUCGAGCUUCCGCCCAGUCUUUACGGUAUUCCUUAGCUACCGUACCUACCAAUCGCCUUCGAGUAUGAAUUGGCUGUGGCUGCCAUUGGAGAUUGGUCUCUAUGGUAUUGUACUGGACUUUUGGUUCUAUUGGUACCACAGACUUAUGCAUGAGGUUGGCAGUCUGUGGAAAUUUCACCGCACCCAUCACUUGACCAAGCACCCGAACCCACUCCUGACACUGUACGCCGACUUCGAACAGGAGAUUUUCGAUAUCGCUGUCAUCCCGCUUGCGACCUACUUCUCUCUGAAGUUUCUUGGAUUGCCAAUGGGUUUCUACGAGUGGUGGAUAUGCCACCAGUAUGUUAUGUUUACCGAGUUGUCUGGUCAUAGUGGCCUACGCGUAAACACUUCACCUCCUAGUACACUCACGUGGCUUUUGCGCAUGUUUGAUGCUGAGCUUCUCAUUGAAGAUCACGAUCUUCACCACCGUAAGGGUUGGAAGACAAGCGGCAAUUACGGAAAACAAACUCUGUUGUGGGAUAAGGUUUUUGGAACUUGUAUUGACAGGAUUGAGUUGAAGAAGGAGAACUUGGACUGGGAAACGCGUAUCGACCUGCCGAUAUUUUAA